GCGGUAUGGCUUUGCUUAAAUUUUGUAUAAAUACACUAAAAAAAGUUACAUUCGCAACAAGGUAUCGCUUUCAUUAUCGUAGGAUGUUAACAAUUUCACAUUUAGUUCGGUGCGGCUCGUACAAUAACAUUGUCAUGACAAUCACAAUUUAGUCAUUUAAUGGGGUAUUUGUGGUUGAAUGUUCUUAUUUUGACCUCAAAGCUUGGCGCCAGAGGAGUCUUGCAAAAUCUUAAUAUAAUUUAGAUUCAUUAAAGAGUUUUAUUCAAAUUUGGAUUGAAAAGGUGACUUGGAUUUAAUGAAAAGGUAAUUGAUACCUUGUAAUCACGUUGAAACAUGCUGUUAGCCAGACUAUUACACAUUUUUGCAACCAUUUAUGCGUUGUAUGGGGUUGGUCUUUGUUGCGAUGUUAACUGCGGAGACCUAGGAUGUGAUGACGUCACUGGUGAAUGUGUUUCAUGUAAAGAUGGGUUCUGGAACACAACAUGCGAUGUUCCUUGUACCUCUGGGUGUAAUACAUGUGACCAGAUAACCGGUAAUUGUACUGCAUGUGUCGCUGGAAGGUGGGGUGUUAACUGUACAAAAUGCCCAGAUGAAAACUGCUACUUAUGCAACAACAUUUCGGGAGAAUGUGAGGUUUGUAAUGAUAGGUUUUAUGGUGCCUACUGUAAUGAAACUUGUGACGAAGAGUGUCUGCAGUGUGAUAAAGAAAGUGGAAAGUGUACAGUUUGUGACUCUAGCUACUGGGGAGAAAACUGUACCGAGCUAUGUGGAGAAAACUGUCACUUAUCAAUAUGUGACAAAAGUGAUGGACAUUGUUUAAGUUGUAUCGAAGAUUUCUGGGGAAGCAACUGCACAAAUGAAUGUACUCAGGGGAAUUGCAUGAACUAUACAUGCGCACAGGAUGGAGCUAUGGAAUGUUUUUCGUGCUAUUCAGGUUAUUGGGGUGAAAACUGCAAUGAAACGUGUGAACUGUCAUGUUUGGAAAUCGACUGUUCGAAACAAGAUGGUGAGUGUUCCACAUGUGUAGCAGAAUAUUGGGGUAAAACAUGUGAUAAGGUUUGUCCUUUGGAAUGUAAAACAGAAGAAUGCGACAAAGACUCAGGUGAAUGUAAAGAAUGUCUUGAAGGGUUUUGGGGACCAAGCUGUAAUGAACCUUGCAAUAGUACGUGUGACGGAGCUUGUGACCGACAAAACGGUAGCUGUAGCAGUUGCAAGGAUGGUACAUGGGGCACACUAUGCACAAAACAGUGUGCCGGACAUUGUAUAUGCGAUAAAGAAUCGGGCAUUUGCGAGGAAUGCUUUGAUGGUUUUUGGGGUUUCGAAUGCAAUAUUCAAUGUGGUAGUGAAUGUGGAAUAAACGGUUGUCUACGUCACUCUGGCCACUGUGUUGACUGUGCGUCUGGUUUGUACGGCGUAAAUUGUCAAAAUGAGUGUGAUGGUCAAUGUCAUGCAGGGUGCCACCGGGCCACAGGGGUAUGUCAGUUUUGUCCAACUGGACAUUGGGGAGAUCAGUGCAACAAUAGCUGCUCUCUUAACUGUGCAGAUACUUGCCAUCAAAGCAACGGUCAUUGUGAUGCAUGUAGAUCGGGUAUGUGGGGAAUGGAAUGUGAUUUCGUUUGUGACGGUUGUGAGUGCGAGAGAGGAACUGGCUUAUGUUCGAAAUGUGCUACUGGAUAUUGGGGUAUUGAUUGUACUAACAAAUGCGACCCCUCUUGUAAGGAAUGCGACAUGAAUAACGGUAAAUGCAGAAAUUGCAAAACUGGAUUGACAGGGGACACUUGCGAGAAAAAAUGUAAUGAAAAUUGUGCAAACGGAUGUGAUAUAUCUGGUGCCUGUUUCAGUUGCAUUGAUGGAUUUUGGUCAAAGAAUUGCACAGUUACGUGUCAAGAUGGAUGCCAAGCUUGUGACUUUCAUACUGGUACUUGUACGAAAUGUAUGGAUGGUCUAUGGGGUGUUUCUUGCACAAAGCGUUGUUAUACCUCAGAUCAAAUACCUUUUAAUUGUCUUCAAACCAAGUGCGAUAUGCAAGAAGGAAUUACAUGCAGUGAAUGUAUAGAAGGCUACUGGGGUGUAAAUUGUAACAAAGCUUGUGAUUUGCAUAAUUGUGAAGGCGAACGGUGUAACAAAUUAAACGGUCAAUGUCUAGAAUGCAAAGCAGGAUAUUGGGGAGAAGAUUGUAAUCAGACAUGUAUGGUUGAAAACUGCACAACAUGCUCUAGAUUAACUGGCCAAUGUUUGGAAUGCAAUCAUGGUUAUUACGAUGGAGAUUGCAGAAGUUAUUGUGAAAGUACAUUUUGUGAGGGAAGUAAGUGUAACAUAUGGACUGGUGAGUGUGAUGGCUGUGUUGUUGGACACUGGGGAUCAAACUGUGAACUAACUUGCAACUCAUCCUGCACUGUGUGUUCCAAACAUAGCGGGAGAUGUCUACAGUGUUUGACGAAUUAUUGGGGAGAUCACUGUGAGAAGAAAUGUGAUCCUGAAUGUUCCGGAAGUUGUGACAAGAAUACUGGUUACUGUAAUGGUUGUUUGGACGGCCGGUGGGGAAUUUAUUGCAAUCAGUCAUGUUCGGAAGAAAACUGUAAAACUUGUGAACAAAUAAGCGGUCAAUGCAAAACAUGCAAGCAUGGAAGUUGGGGAAAUUCAUGCGAUAAACAUUGUACAGAUAUAUCUUGCUAUGAAUGUGGACGAUUUGAUGGCAUAUGUGAGAGCUGCUUGCCUGGAUAUUGGGGAAAGGGGUGCAGACAAGAAUGUGAUGUUUCAUGUGAAUGUUGCAACACAAUUGACGGUGCCUGUAUGCCUUGUUCCCAAAAGAGAGUAAAUAAAGUGGAAGAAAUGGUAGAUUACAUGACGUUAUCGGUCGCCGUUGGUAUUUCAGUUGGAAUUGUGCUUGGAGUUGCAUGUAUUAUCAUUCUAUGUCGCUGCAUGUGUACAAAAAUAAAGUCCCCAAGAUCAGUUGUAGGUAGGCGAGGGUUGCCGUCUAUCCAGUCACUAAACAAGGGUAUAUUGUUGAAUGAAUCGGAAAAUCGCUUUAGUGAGAUCAUUCCUGCUGGGGAAAAUGGUUAUGCGCGUGUUACAAAAGAAGAACAUUUGGACGAAAACACCUAUUACAAUAUGGAGUUUGAAGUUCUGACAAAGCCUAAGAAAGAUAAAGUUGCUGACACUAGCGAGGACACGGACACAGAUGACGGUUAUGUCCAAGCACCUCCUAAACAGACACCAAAACAACCAUCAAACGGUUCAGCUGUUCCAGUGACAAAUCAGACCACGGGUGACGCAGAUGUAGUUAUAUCAGGCUAUUUUGAACCUGUCGAAGUUCUUAAUGCGUUAAAAAAGACCGGAAAUGAAAAGAAUGAAGCAGGAAAAACUAUAAAUUUUGCACAAGAAGGUCAAGGUGACGUACAACAUAGAGACAAUAAAGGUUUUGUACCAGAGAGUCCAGGGAAUUACACAAAUGUUGAAAUAAACAGAUCAGAAUCUGCGCCAUCAGUUUCAGAAACCUACUCGAAUCUUUCACCUGUAAAGGCAGAGAAACGUUUCCAGUUCGCACCAGCAACUUACGAGGAACUUCAGUUCGGAAAUAAUAAUGAAUACACUGAAAUUGUUACAACAGAUUAGCCCCCGAGUCGGAUGUUUGAUAGAAGAUCCGUGUCAGUCUUGAAAAAACGAACUAAUUUAUUUAUAUUUGAUGAUUUGAAUAGAGAUAUGCGUGUAUCUUAUACUAACGUGGACAUGGUGUUAAUUUCCUGCAAUGAUUGAUGUGCGUGCGUGCGUGU